GAACAGUACAAAAAAUAUCUAUUACCUUUAUUCUGUUCAAAUUAGUUCGCACCAGGAAACGUACAGAAUAAAACCCUUUAUCUAUGUGUUAAACAGCGCUAUGUGAGGUCAUUCAUUGGGUCAUCAAUGUUAUUGUUAUUGCUACUGAUAGUAUAUGUACACGUGUGCUAGUAAAUAAAUAUGUAUGUACUCUGAGCGAGAAUAACUUUUAUUUAUUUUUAAAAGGUUACUAUGUGGACUUGUAAAAUUUAAAAAAAAUACAUUGUACCAAUUUUGCAAUGGUACCACUGUUGUGGAUACUUCAAGUGAUUUUUGGGUAUAAAAGUCGAUUAAGCAUGUAUUUUUAACAGUUCAAAGUCUAACUGCAUCGAAAAGAACGUGCUUUCAUGCAAUUAAUUUGAUUCUGCAUUUUAUUUGGAAUUUUUUUUUUCCAAAAAAAAAAAAUUUUCAAAUAUAAUAUUUACAUUGAUAACAUAUCUAAUACAUGGACAAUAUUACAUCAGCCUUUAUUUCUAUCAUAAUAACUCGUGUUAACUGACUGUAUAUACGAAUAUAUCCUUGUCCUACUUAUAUAUAUUAUAUAUAAAUCAUAUAUGCACCUUUUAUAUAUCAUCGACAACGUUGACAGAUAAAAAGUUUCACUCUCUUUGUGACCGGAUCUUUACAAAAUCGGGAGUAUCAAACAAAUGCCGACGGAGCAGACAUCAAGGCGACCCAUAGACAGAGGAUGGGCAUGGGUCGUACUAGCCGCAACUACUGUUCAGUUCUUUAUCUUCAUCGGAUUCUUGAAGAGCUUUGGGAUAUUUUUUGUUGCGUACCUGCAGAAAUAUGACGCAACUUCCUCUGACAUUUCUACGGUUAUCUCCAUUCAGACGCUGGUCGGCACUAUUACAUCUGUUUUUGUCUUAGCAUUUGCUGUUCAAUUCUUGAGCGAGAGAACGCUGGUCAUGUUUGGAGCGUUCCUAACAGCCGUGUCACAAGUCGGUAACGCUUUUGCGCCAAAUAUUCCUGUUCUGAUGUUUACACAAGGAGCUCUUUUUGGAAUGGGUAGUGCCAUCUCCCAACUAUCAGUAACGUUGAUCCUUACCAAUUACUUUGACAAGCGGCGAGGCUUUGCCAACAGUUUUGCAAACGUAGGAGGUAGUGCUGGCGGCCUCAUCUGGCCAGUUUUGUUGAAAAAAUCAUUAGACAACUUGGGUCUCCAAUACACUUUAUUGGUGAUCGCGGGUGUUUUCUUACAAGUCGUUGUCUGUGGAGCAUUGCUUCGACCCCUGCCGCCAAAAAAGACUCGGAAUUCGACAUUUGUCACAUACGACAUCAGUGAGGAGUCUGAAGUUACAACAGAAGACGAGUCGUCAAAACAAACCAUGAAUUUAUAUGAAAAACCAAAACAGGCCCAUACUUUGCCGAAUUUUAAGAAAACCGGUUAUAAACCUGAUUUAAAGACGGGAAGAAGAAGAACAAAAUCAGAAAACUGCACAAAUUGUAAUGAAACUCCAUAUCUUGCUAGAACAACAUCUAGUAUGCAGGACUUGCAAGAAAAUAUCCAGAAAUUGUAUGUUUCGCCGUCACUUCAGGGGUUGGGUUUUAUGCCUGCAAGCAAAGGUAAAGAAACAGACGAAGAACAUCCCUCAAAAGAAGAAGCUAACUGUGAUAAUCUAAACCAAUGGUUUAACCUUGCUCUGUUUAAAAACCCCCUUUUCUACAUCUUUACGGUCAGCUCCAUUUUAAUUUCAUCCGCGGCAGCUUUACCAGUUAACUACAUCCCACCAUUCGCGCGUGACUUUGGAGUAAGCGAUGGUGACAUAGCUAUCUUAGUGACGGUGGCUUCUGCUUGCGACUUUGUCAGUAGAUUUUGUCUUGUUUUCAUCGCUGACAGCAAGACUCUGAAGAGACACCAUAUUCUGGCCGUGAGCAUGUUUAUGAACGGACUGGCCUGUCUCUUUGCGCCGCUCUACACCACCUUCCCCACCCUGAUGGUUUACUCUGUGGUAUACGGUGUGUUCGGCCAGACUUACUUUUCAUUGUUUCCUGUGGUCAUUGUCGAUUUCCUAGGACUAGCUAAUCUCCGCCAUGGUCUGACCACUAUAACUUUAACUAUGGGAAUCUCCAUUGGCGUGUCUUCAGUGAUAAUAGGUGAAUUACGGGACUUUACCGGAUCCUAUCUGAGUUCAUUCUACUACAUGGGAGUUUCUGCUGUUAUAGCUAGCAUUAUUUUGCUUAUGGAACCUUUGGGUAGAAAGAUGAUGAAGAAAAGCAAAGAUGCAGAUAUCACCGAAAAACAGAACAUGCUAAAUCUGACCGAAAAACAAUAAAAGUUUUGUUUUUUUUUAAAGAGACUUAAACACGAUUUUAGAUCAAAAUUUUAUUUUUUAUGUAUAAAAUGGUUUACUUGCGCAUUUUGAAUGAUUGACCAAAAUUUGAAUGUUAGAAGUCAAGUUAUAAGAGAUACAGAGGUAAGAAUUCAUUGUUAUGUAAACAAAGCUCGAGUCUUAUAUUUGUUUAUAAAUAACGCAAAGUAUGGGAUUACCAUUUCUUUGACAAAAUCACUCGUGGAAAACAAGAUUAACUGAUUCAAUGUGUUCAUAAAUAAUAUUACCAACAGAAGAAAGCAACAUUUGAUUGAAAUUUAUAACAAUAUAACACAUAUGUAAACAAUAACGAGGCUCGAGCUUUGUUUACGAAACAAAGAAUUUAAAACUCUGUAUCUUGCUUAUAACUCGGAUUUUGACUUUCAAAUUUUGACAAAGCAUUGUAAAUACCCAUAUUAACAUUAAAAUUGAAAAAUACAAUUUAAAACUUGGAGCUCAAAUCGUGUCUAAAUCCCCUAAUGCAGCUGUUGUAUUUUAGAGUAUUAAGAUGUUUUACCCUUUUUCGUAAUUUUAAAUGUGUUUAUAUGAAUUCAUAUUAGCCGUGUUUUCGUUUUUGUUAAAAGAGUAGAAAUACUGUUUAACCUAAUGUUUGCUUGAUUAUGAAUUAUCCAAAAGAGACAAUAUCGAUUUUCUUGAGUGUUAAAUUAAUGCGAUGUUAAUCCCUUUUUUAUUGAUUGUAAUAUUUUUUUCAUUCAGAGCAUUGCUAAUAGAGCAAUCAAUUUUUUAAACAUGAAAUUUGUAUCUUUUUGAUAUUUUAAAACAUGAACAAACCAUUUAUGCAUUCCUUAUAAUUGUUAAGUUUCGUCAAUUUGCCAAACUCCACAAGAAUUAUAAGUUUUAAUGUAGAUAUGAUAUACAGCAUAAAAUUAAGACUUGCUCAAGUCUCUAUAUUUAUCAAUUAGUGUCAUCUUUAAGAGCUUUAAAUAUAAUAAUUUAAAUUUAAUUCGCGUCGGUUUACAGUGGUUUUCUCGGGGUGUCAAUUUCAACUGUAAACCUCCCAAACAGGCACUAUUAAUAUAGUGUUACCCGUUGCAAAGUGUGUUGCUAGCGCUGAGGGUAAUAAAACGGAUUAUCGACUGCGUCUUAACCAAUCAGAUUUCAGUAUUUAACAUGAAAGUAUAAUAAAAUAUGUUGUACGAUGAAUGUGGACGAAGUAUAUCACUUGUUAAAAAUUUGGUUAGUAAUAUUAAACAUAAGCUAUUUGAAAUUGGCCUGGGCCAAGUUGGUGUGAGCAAGUGGAUGUACAUUUUGCAACCCAUUAUCCACUUAUUAUGCAGAGACUCGAUGAUAUUUUUUUUUCAAAACCUUGUUGAACAAAUCAACUCCUCAUCUAGAUGUCAUCUUUAUAAGCAUAUUAUAAUUCAUUUUUCUUUGCAAUAUUACUUAGAAAAAUCAAUUCCUAAAAUUUACAAAAAGCAGAUUUUUAGAAUGUCUUCACAUAACCUUGCUAUUGAAAGUGGUCGGCAUACAAAUGUUACGAAAGAAAAUCGUCUUUGUAAACUUUGUUGUGCAGAUAUUGAAGAUGAGUUCCAUUUUGUCUUAAAGUGUCCCCAAUAUAGAGAAUUAAGAUUAGAAUAUAUUUAGAAAUAUUAUUGGGGAAAACCCUCUGUUUAUAAAUUUAUACACUUAUUAACUGUCCAAAUUAUAGAAUUGUGUGAUCUGGGGAAAUAUCUCCACUUAGCUUUUAAAAACCGCAAUGGUAUUCCAUAAUUUUUUUGCUAUACUACUGUGUCUUUAUUAUAAUAUAUACAUUUACCCGACAUUGUACCAUACCUAAUGUAAAUCAUAUAUGUAUGUAUAUUUACUCCUGUUGUGCAUAAUGCCAUAAGAUGUAGAUCUUGAGCAAAUACAGAAUAAUAUAAAACA